AUGAGCCUCGCCGACGCCGCGCCCAUCACUAGCGGCGACAGGCUAGCACAGCUUGAUCUUGCAGACGACAGCAGCCGUGGUACCUCAACGCCCCGUGCUGCUGCUGCUCCUGCCGCUGCAGCCGCUCCCUCCAACUUGGAGGCUUCGAGUCAGGCAGACGACAUUAAGACGACCUCAAAGGGCAAGAAGCGCGCCCUCUUUGGAUUCGGCAAGAAGAAGCAGUCCUCGUCCUCUGCCGACUCGCCGGCUGACGCCAAACCCCCAUUGCUAACAAAGAAUUCGUCCAAACUGUCUCGAGUCACGCCAGCCACGACGCAUUCAACGCGCAGCUCGCGCGACUAUCCAUUCCCCUCGCCAUCAUCGCCUGGUCGUGUUCUGUCUACAUCCCCUCGCCUCGCCUCUCCUGCUGGCUCACAAAUAUUUGAGCGUGAUGUCCAAGAUAGCACCGUCCUCAAGCCCAGCUCGCCUGCCAUACCCACCCAUAUUCAGACCGAAAACUAUAUUCCUUCUGUGCUCGACGAUGCCUCCGAGGCCAUUACCAACAAUAAGCUCGAUCCCGAUACCGUAGAGAUUGUCACGCACUCCUCUCAUCAGCCAGCCUCGGUCACUGUCACCGGCGCCCCCAAUAGUCCCACCGACCACCAAACAUCCACUGAGUGGGCAGCAGAGCUGGCGUCCUUUGCCGAUCGCAUUGGUGUUUCUGGAGAGACUGCUUCCAACUACGGAUCUCUCGACUCGGCAGACGUUCGACGAUUAUCAUUCAUUUCAUUCGCCGACGUGGUGCAGUCUGAGCACAGCGUUGGAGUGCGCAGUCCUAUUUCUCGAGAAAAUCUACACCUCGCCGGCUUGACCUCUCUACCUCCCUCCGCAUUGAAUCGAUCGCCUUCGCCGAUUCGCUCGCCAGUCUCCAGCCAAGGUCUUGGCACUUCACCACCAACGAGCAACCCUGCUAGCAUCAAGGGGCUUGAAAUGAGCCCGCCGCGCAAGCUCAUGGGCAGCCCCAAGAGCACUCAACAUUCGCUCGCCGCGCCCAGUGAGCUCAAUAUCGAAACAAUGCGACAGGCUCUUCGACGUACGGGCAGUACGGAUUUGGCCAGCGCCCGCAGCAUGCCGGUGAGCCCCAUUGACGCACCUGGCCCUCGCUAA